GACGCGUCGCCACGCAAUGCAAAUCGGGAAAAGAGGAUGAGCUGGGCUGGUUUCCGUCGGGGUAGCGAAGGCUAGUUUUCCCUCGGUUUGUUGGGAAAUGGGCCUGUGGCACGGAGGCCGGCGUUCGUGAAAUGUGCCCGGCGCUACGGAAAGAACUAAUUUUCAUUAAAUACACCAUCCAUUGUGAAAGUGGAAAAGUAAAGAUUAAUCAUCAUGCCUGCUGUGGCUUCAGUUCCUAAAGAACUCUACCUCAGUUCUUCACUAAAAGACCUCAAUAAGAAAACGGAAGUUAAACCCGAGAAAAUAAGCACUAAGAGUUAUGUACACAGUGCCCUGAAGAUCUUCAAGGCAGCAGAAGAAUGCAGAUUAGAUCGUGAUGAGGAAAGGGCUUAUGUUCUAUAUAUGAAAUAUGUGACUGUUUAUAAUCUGAUCAAAAAAAGACCUGAUUUCAAGCAACAGCAGGAGUAUUUUCAUUCAAUACUUGGACCUGCAAACAUCAAAAAAGCUAUAGAAGAAGCUGAAAAACUCUCUGAAAGUCUUAAACUGAGAUAUGAAGAAGCUGAAGUUCGGAAAAAACUUGAAGAAAAGGACAGACAGGAAGAAGAGCAACUGCAACAACAGAAAAGGCAGGAAGCAGGAAAAGAGGAUAGUGGUCCAUCGGCUAAAGGUUCUUUGGAGAAUAUGUUGGAUUCCAAAAACAAAACCCAAAGGAUCAAUGGUGAAAAGAGUGAGAAAAAUGAAACUUCAGAGAAAGGAACAGUCACAGCAAAGGAACUAUACACAAUGAUGAUGGAUAAAAACAUCAGCUUGAUUAUAAUGGAUGCUCGAAGAAUGAAGGAUUAUCAGGAUUCCUGUAUUUCAAAUUCUCUCAGUGUUCCUGAAGAAGCCAUAAGUCCAGGAGUCACUGCUAGUUGGAUUGAAGCAAACCUCCCCGAUGACUCUAAAGACACAUGGAAGAAAAGGGGAAAUGUGGAUUACGUGGUGCUUCUUGAUUGGUUUAGUUCUGCAAAAGAUUUACAGCUUGGAACGACUCUGCGGAGUCUGAAAGAUGCACUUUUCAAGUGGGAAAGUAAAACUGUCCUGCGCAAUGAACCUUUGGUUUUAGAGGGAGGCUAUGAAAACUGGCUUUUUUGCUAUCCCCAGUAUACAACAAAUGCUAAGAUCACUCCACCCCCACGAGGCAAGAAUGAAGAGGUGUCUAUCUCAUUGGAUUUUACUUAUCCCUCACUGGAAGAAUCAGUUCCUUCUAAACCUGCCCAGAUGCUACCUCCUUCUAUAGAAGUAGAUGCAAAUAUAGAAUUGGUAAAUGAUCAAGAUGAAAGAAUGGGACCACUGAAUAUGUCAACUACAGUUGAAACAAUUUCUACUUCCAAAGCUGAUGUUUCACCCAUAAUUCAGCCAGUGCCUAUUAUAAAGAAUGUUCCCCAGAUUGAUCGUACUAAAAAACCAGCAGUCAAGUUGCCCGAAGAUCACAAAAUAAAAUCUGAAAGUACAGAUCAUGAGCAACAGUCUCCUCAGAAUGGGAAAGUUGUUCCAGAUCGUUCCACCAAGCCAGUAUUUCCCCCUCCAACUGCCAUGUUAACAGAUGAAGAAAAAGCUCGUAUUCAUGCAGAAACUGCUCUUCUAAUGGAGAAAAACAAACAAGAAAAAGAACUUCGUGAAAGGCAGCAAGAGGAACAGAAAGAGAAACUGAGGAGGGAAGAACAAGAACAAAAAGCCAGAAAGAAACAAGAAGUUGAAGAAAAUGAAAUCACAGAGAAUCAACCAAAAGCAAAAGAAGAAGUGGUGAAGAGAGAAAGUGAACAAGCCAAGAAAGAAGAUAAAGAAACUUCAUCAAAGAGGGGCAAAGAGGUAACAGGAGUAAAAAGACAAAGUAAAAGUGAACAUGAAACCUCUGAUGCUAAGAAAUCUGUGGAGGAUAAAGGAAAAAGGUGUCCAACUCCAGAACUACAGAAAAAGUCAACAGUAGAUAUCCCUUCUGCAUCUGUAACGGGAGAUUCAAGUGCAGGCAAGGCUCAGCGAGAACCUUUGACAAGAGCACGAAGUGAAGAAAUGGGGAGGAUCGUACCAGGACUUCCUUCAGGAUGGGCCAAGUUUCUUGACCCAAUUACCGGAACCUUUCGUUAUUAUCAUUCACCCACCAACACUGUUCAUAUGUAUCCACCGGAAAUGGCUCCCACGUCUGCACCUCCUUCCACCCCUCCAACUCAUAAAGCCAAACCCCAGAUUCCUGCUGAGAGAGAUAGGGAACCAUCCAAACUGAAGCGCUCCUACUCCUCCCCAGACAUCACCCAGGCCAUUCAAGAGGAAGAAAAGAGGAAGCCAACAGUAACUCCUACAGUUAAUCGCGAAAAUAAGCCAGUAUGCUAUCCUAAAGCUGAGAUCUCAAGGCUUUCUGCUUCUCAGAUUCGGAACCUCAAUCCUGUUUUUGGAGGAUCUGGACCAGCUCUUACUGGACUUCGUAAUUUAGGAAAUACUUGUUAUAUGAACUCAAUAUUGCAGUGCCUAUGUAAUGCCCCACAUUUGGCUGAUUAUUUCAACCGAAACUGUUAUCAGGAUGAUAUUAACAGGUCAAAUUUGUUGGGGCAUAAAGGUGAAGUGGCAGAAGAGUUUGGUAUAAUCAUGAAAGCACUGUGGACAGGACAGUAUAGGUACAUCAGUCCAAAAGACUUUAAAAUCACCAUUGGGAAGAUCAAUGACCAGUUUGCAGGGUACAGCCAACAAGAUUCACAAGAAUUGCUUCUGUUCCUCAUGGAUGGACUCCAUGAAGACCUAAAUAAAGCUGAUAAUCGGAAGAGACAUAAAGAAGAAAAUAAUGAUCAUCUCGAUGACUUUAAAGCUGCCGAACAUGCUUGGCAGAAACAUAAGCAGCUCAAUGAGUCUAUUAUUGUUGCACUUUUUCAGGGUCAGUUCAAAUCCACAGUACAGUGCCUCACCUGUCACAAAAAAUCUAGGACAUUUGAGGCCUUCAUGUAUUUAUCUCUACCACUAGCAUCCACAAGUAAAUGUACAUUACAGGAUUGCCUUAGAUUAUUUUCCAAAGAAGAAAAACUCACAGAUAACAACAGAUUUUACUGCAGUCAUUGCAGAGCUCGACGGGAUUCUCUAAAAAAGAUAGAAAUCUGGAAGUUGCCACCUGUGCUUUUAGUGCAUCUGAAACGUUUUUCCUAUGAUGGCAGGUGGAAGCAAAAAUUACAGACAUCUGUGGACUUCCCUUUAGAAAAUCUUGACUUGUCACAGUAUGUUAUUGGUCCAAAGAACAAUUUGAAGAAAUAUAAUUUGUUUUCUGUUUCAAAUCACUACGGUGGGCUGGAUGGAGGCCACUACACUGCCUAUUGUAAAAAUGCAGCAAGACAGCGGUGGUUUAAAUUUGAUGAUCAUGAAGUUUCUGACAUCUCCGUUUCUUCUGUGAAAUCUUCAGCAGCUUAUAUCCUCUUUUAUACUUCACUGGGACCACGAGCAACUGAUGUAGCCACAUAAGGAGAGCUAGUUAAGUUGUAAAAGGUUCAGUAAACAACUCUCAAAAUGCUUACAAAGAUAAUGGAUAGCUGCAACUGGUUAUUUAGAGGAAUUCUAGGACAGUGGGAACUGUUUUACUAGCACUAUAUAAUUCAGGUCAGUGCUGUUAUCAAAAAACUGACAAACAAUAUUUAACAAGUAUCACAGUAAGCAUCCCUUACCAGGUACCCUUUAUUUCAAAACAACUUUUUAGUCUGCUCCAAAGUUAAAAUAAUUAACUAGCUAAGCAUUAUUAUUCUACUGAUCUGAAAACCAUUAUAACCUUCAUUUUCUUUUUCACUGUUAUGGCCUUUUCACAUUUCUAAUCCCAGCUUGAUCUGCUAUGAAUACUCUAGGAUGAUGUAAAGCAGAUAGGAAUGUAUAUGUACAUAUUUAUUGCACACUUGCACAUCAAUGUACAUAGUUUAAUGUGGUCCUUUUGUGAAGCCUAGAACUCAGAGGAUUGCUGUUUUUGUUUCUUCUUUUUGUUCUUUUUUGGCCUAUUCUGAGUAAUGGCAGUGCUUUCUUAGGGAAAUGACAGGGCAAAGCUAUUUUUCUGUUGGCUUUGGGCUGUAUUUGUGCACUAAAUCUUUAUUCUAAAACAAUAAAUGGAAACUUUCUUUAA